AGAAUGCUGUAAAAAUCCUUUUAUACACAUUGUCUUUCUGGCAAGAACUGAAGUCAUAACGUGAAGAGAGUGAACCUCUAACUCCCAAACAGCUCCAGAAAGGUGAUUAAAAAUGCCUCGUUCUUUCCUGGUCAAGAGUAAAAAGGCUCACACUUACCAUAAACCUCGAGCCCAUCAUGAUGAUCUACUAUGGGCUCACAUCCCCCCUUCAGGUGAGCCAGUUACCACCAACCAGGUCCUGGGGGACACCACAACUUUUAGUAGCCCAAACCAACGUCCAGACUGGGAUGGCUCCAAAGAAGACAAUGAAGUUCAGGGUCUGACCAGUGCAACAUCAGUCCCAGAGACUUCCAUCUUGACUCUCCAGGCCCAGGACCAUGGCUUAUCUCCUGCCUCACCCUCCUACUACAAACCAAGCUUCUCUUGGGAUGCCUUCUCUUCCCCUUAUGGCUAUGGACAGAUUACCUCCACCAUGCAAUCUGCCUUCCUAGAGAACUCAGUAAGCUUAUAUGGCAGCUCACUGGUGCCUAGCUCUGAUCCUCCCUUGGACUACAGUCUACAUUACUCCCCUGGCAUGGAAGCCUAUCACUGUAUAAAGUGCAAUAAGGUAUUUCCUACCCCUCAUGGGCUGGAGGUUCAUGUCCGGAGAACCCACAGUGGGACUCGACCCUUUGCUUGUGAAGUUUGUGGCAAAACAUUCGGCCAUUCAGUCAGCCUUGAGCAGCAUGCUCAUAUACACUCCCAGGGGAUCCCAGCUGGGUCCAGUCCUGCUCCAACGUUCACUAUAAAUGACCCUGAGGUCCCGCCUGCACCUGACCCCCCGGGCCCCCGUUUCCUCCGGCAGGAGAGGAGCUUUGAAUGUAAGAUGUGCGGCAAAGCUUUCAAGCGCUCCUCCACUCUGUCCACCCAUCUCCUCAUCCAUUCGGACACACGGCCUUACCCCUGCCAGUACUGUGGCAAGCGCUUCCACCAGAAAUCAGACAUGAAGAAGCAUACCUACAUCCACACUGGAGAGAAACCUCACAAGUGUCAGGUGUGUGGGAAGGCUUUCAGCCAGAGCUCCAACCUGAUCACCCACAGUCGCAAACACACGGGCUUCAAACCCUUUAGCUGUGAGCUCUGUGCCAAGGGCUUCCAGCGCAAGGUAGACCUUCGGCGCCACCGGGAAAGCCAGCACAGCCUCAAAUGAAUGAUGUUUCCUCAUUGCAAACCCCAGCUGGCCAGGACCUCCCCUGCUGAACCUCAAGAGAGGUUGGAUGCCUCUGCACUUUGGGUUCUUCCAGUGUGGAUGAUGUUUCAGAAGAAAAGAGCACACAUAGAUUGGAAGCCAGGUCACUUGGACUAUAGUCUGAAUUGUACCACUCACUCUAUCUCUUUGGACCUCAGUUUAUUCAUCUGUAAAAUGAAGGGUUUGGGUUAGGUAUUUACUAAAAUGCUAUUUUGGCCAUAACUUGAACUUGAACUGGAUCUGGUUCACUUUAGAGAGAUAGAGAUGGAGUGAGCCAGAGAUUGGAAGAGAGGCAGGGGGAAAAGCCCUACCAUCCUUUCUUUGGCUGCAAAUUCAUUCACUCGUUUGACUAACAUUUAUUGAGUAUAUUCUAUGUGUAAGGCUCUGUGAUGAGAACUGUUGAGGUAGUUUGGUCUUGAUUUUUAUAUUCUUUUUUUCCAAAGAUAAUUGGUGUGGCUCCUUAGCUCUAGUAGGAAGCACAAGAGACCAGUCCCAGCUGGUACGGUUCUCCAUUAAGGCCCUAGCCCUUCUAUCUAGGACACAGAACCAUGUACUUUC